AUUGUACAUUUGUCAUAUUCUUGUCAAAGUUAGACCGUGGAUGUAGACGUUAACUCAGUACUUACUUAUUUCAAUAAUUACUUAUAAUGGCAGAAUCAGUAACAGAAAUUCCGAUAAAUAUAGAGGAAACUGUGAAGGAAACGAUACAAAAUGUAACAGAUAAACCACCAUCAAGUAUUGAAGGAGUAGCGAUUGCGUACUUAAGUUUGGUGAUAAUGGCUAUUUUACCCAUAUUUUUCGGAUCAUUUCGAUCAGUGAAAUACUUAAAAGAGCAAAAAGAAUCCGGUGAGAGACCAGAGACAAUGUCAAACAGGGAUGCCCUUAUGUUCCCGCUGGUAGCUUCAUGUGCUCUCUUUGGUCUUUAUAUUUUCUUCCAAUUCUUCUCCAAGGAAUAUAUUAACCUUCUAUUAACGGGAUAUUUCUUCUUCCUCGGUGUGCUAGCUCUUAGCCACCUCCUUAGCCCCAUAGUGGCGGUGAUGAUGCCAGCUUCUGUACCAAAAGUACCAUACCACAUCUUAUUUACGCGCGGCGAUCGCGACGUCGUCAACUACAAGUUUACGUCUUAUGACGUCAUCUGCCUGCUUAUUUCCUUUGUUUUUGGCAUUUGGUAUUUGCAUAAAAAGCACUGGAUCGCCAAUAACCUGUUCGGUAUUGCGUUCGCAAUCAAUGGCGUGGAAUUAUUGCAGCUCAACAACGUAGUGACCGGUUGCAUCCUUCUCUCGGGGCUGUUCCUCUAUGAUAUCUUUUGGGUGUUCGGCACUAAUGUGAUGGUCACCGUAGCAAAGUCCUUCGAGGCGCCAAUUAAACUGGUAUUCCCCCAAGACCUGCUCACCAAUGGUCUGAAUGCCAGCAACUUCGCAAUGCUCGGUCUGGGAGACAUUGUGGUGCCGGGUAUCUUCAUUGCUCUGUUACUGCGCUUCGACAAGAGUCUGCAGCGUAACUCUGAGUUCUACUUCAGGGCGACGUUCGCGGCGUACGUGGUGGGUCUGCUGGCGACGAUCCUGGUGAUGCACGUGUUCAAGCACGCGCAGCCCGCGCUGCUGUACCUCGUGCCGGCCUGCCUCGGCACCCCGCUCGCGCUCGCGCUGCUCCGCGGCGACAUCAACGCGCUGUUCAAUUAUGAAGACCAGCCAGCAAUUGAGGAGAAAGCUGACGCGAGUAAAUCGAAGAAAUCGGAUUAAAAACCGGUUUAAAAUUCAACCUAAGCACAAAUUUACAGCACACCAUGAUAUAGUACAUAGCGAGGGACCAGGGUGGCUGGAGUAUUGGUAUUCAUCGAGACUGUUUGUUAUGGAAGUCGUUGAAAAAAUAAUGUCAACUUGUUGUUUACAAAAUGUCAAGAGUUAAUGAAUGUCAAACGUUAUACAAUGCAUGUCAAGAAUUGAAAUGACAUGUAAUGACGUAAAUCGUUGUUUGCAUGUCAAGUAUUUUAAAAAGUAAAAUUUUCUAGAAAUUGUUAAAUGUCAAUCAUAUAAAAGAUUUAGACAUUGGGAAUAUUAAUAAUGUCAAGCUCUGUGUAUAUCUUAGUUAAAUAUGGAGCCAUGUUGUGAAAACUUAUUCUAUUCGAUAGAAAUAAGAAAUAUUUUUAACUAAGGUUAUAUUUGUAACUUUCAAUGAAUGCACAUGUGGGGCAACGUUGUGUGCAAUAAAACAACAUGUAGCCUAAUAUAUUUUAAUGGAUAUUUUAAACCACGACGUAAUGUGGGUUUUUGUGCUAAAAUCUGUACUUUCUCAUUAAAAUCUUGGUUUUAAUAUGUGAGAUAUAAUUUUUUCUUAACUGUCACAAUUGGACUUUGGACUUUUAUUGGUUUUUUUGACUUCCAUGUCUGUAUCUUCCAGGGGUAUAGUGUUUAUUGGCAUAAUGAUUAGAUAUAAAAUGCUAAUGCAUUAUAUUAAUAUAUUUUGAAUGGUUUGUGUCAGUCCCUCCCUUAAUUAAAAUCGUUGUAAAUAUAUUUUCGUAGGCAAAUUGCGUGGAUAAGUUAUUUUGUUAUGUUUUUUUCAUUUAUCAGAAUUUACGAAAAUUAUCAUCUCUCUAUAUUGUAAGGAUUCCUUUCUUAAUAUAAUUUUAUAUUGUAUGUAAUUCAAUGCAUAUUUUUUCGUAAUUUAUUAGAUUCGUUUGUUGGCAGUGUUGGGAUAUUCGUGAGUGAGAAUACUUAGAAAUAAAAUAUAAUUUUGGGUAUUAUUUAAUUGAAAAUUACACAUUCUAUUGGGUUUUCAAAUUAGUACAGUUUUUAAUUCAAUAACAAACCCAAGAUGGCGUUAACCAUUAAUUAAUAAUUUUUGACAACGAUUAAAUGAUUUAAGCUGUUUUAAGCUUUGACGUCACAAAUGACGAAUAUUCCAAACUGCAAACAUAGCUUCUAUUACGUCUUGUAAGGUGUGAACUUGUAACGAAUUUAUGUAACGACGUUCGCCGAAAAAGAGCUAAGUAAUAAAUAUUUUAAAAUAA